AGGAAAUCAUUAGCCAAGACGCUUGGAGGCGGUGUCCAAUGGAUGUGCGCGUUGUUGAAGAGCGACUGAGACGCGCGAGUGGGUGAUCAUCUGAAGGGGCGAAAAAAAGAGAGAAAAGUCCGGGUGGGAGCCGAGAGGUGGUUUGUUUUGAGGCUUUCUCCGUCAUGAGUUCCAUCGGCACCGGGUAUGAUCUGUCAGCCUCUACAUUUUCUCCAGAUGGCAGAGUAUUUCAAGUAGAGUAUGCUAUGAAAGCUGUCGAAAACAGCAGUACAGCAAUUGGGAUACGAUGUAAAGAUGGUGUUGUUUUUGGAGUAGAAAAAUUAGUUCUAUCCAAACUGUAUGAGGAAGGAUCCAAUAAACGUUUGUUUAAUGUUGAUCGACAUGUGGGAAUGGCAGUAGCAGGACUCCUCGCUGAUGCCCGAUCUUUGGCUGACAUAGCAAGAGAAGAAGCUUCUAACUUUAGGUCCAACUAUGGUUAUAAUAUUCCAUUAAAUCAUCUUGCAGAUAGAGUUGCUAUGUAUGUCCAUGCCUAUACUCUAUAUAGUGCUGUAAGACCUUUUGGCUGCAGCUUCAUGUUAGGUUCCUAUGAUGAUGAUGAUGGUGCUCAGCUCUACAUGAUAGAUCCAUCAGGAGUUUCAUAUGGAUACUGGGGAUGUGCUAUUGGUAAAGCAAGACAGGCUGCAAAGACAGAGAUUGAAAAGCUCCAGAUGAAAGAUACGACGUGCCGUGAUGCUGUUAAAGAAGUUGCAAAAAUAAUCUACAUAGUCCAUGAUGAAGUAAAAGAUAAAGCCUUUGAACUUGAACUAAGUUGGGUUGGAGAAGUAACUAAAGGAAAACAUGAAACUGUGCCCAAAGAUGUUAAAGAAGAAGCAGAGAAAUAUGCUAAGGAAUCUUUGAAAGAAGAGGAUGAAUCAGAUGAUGAAAACAUGUAACAUUUUUACUUGAAUUCAUUUUGUAAUCUGUACCACAGGUCUGCUUAUGUAUUUGCCAUUAUUUUAAUGACCAACUUGCACUAAAUCAUUUUCCAAUUACUGUUUAGAGUUUUUGAAUGAUUGCUUCAAAAAUUUAUUAAACGAAAACUAGAAGGGGUGAGAUAUGACAGAUCUGAAUCUUGCUUUACAAACAAGAUUUUAUCCCUAUACAUGCACAUCUAGUGUUUCAAAACAUUGCAGAUUCUGUUUACAUGAUAUCAAGUUUAAUCCAGUGAUAUUUGACAUAUUUGAUUAGAAUCCAUGGAAACAUGCAACUUGCUAGGCAUCUAAUUUACUUACAAAUUAGAUGCAUUGCACUUGCAAAGCAUUCUAGGCAGUGGUUUUGGCAACAAUGUUGAAUGGAAGUUGGCAGAAUUGGAAGCAACAGGAGAUGAAAAGUCUCAUCUCAACAUACACACACCAAGCUUACCUAACCCAUCAUUGUCUGGGAAGGGUCUCAAACUUUCUGGAGGAGAACCUAUCCUUUCAAUCCUCAAUGCUGAUACAUGGGAAGUAGCAUUUCAACUCAUAAAAAUAUAUUUAGAUAUGCCCUGACUGCUUUUCCUGUUAUGAUGAAUAAUACAGUCAGAGAUAUUAGACAGGACGCCUGUGUGAUAAUACUUUAAAAAAUCCUGAAGUAAUAUUAAUUACCAAAUGAAUGCGACUAAUAUGAAAUAUUUUCCCCAAAGUAUUAUACUUUUAUAACACUUAAAUGAGAAUGUAAAGGAAACAUGUUAAAUAUAUAAGCUUUGACUGUUCUUUAAUAUUUUGUCAAUUUGUAGCUACAGAACAGAAAUAGCUUCCCCAGUAGAAUCUUAUCACGUAUGCCUUCAAUUAUCACUUUUUAGUUGGCAUAAUCUAUUAUGGAAUAUGAGAAGAGAUGGGAAAACAGUAUUUACCAAUUUAGAUAAUGGAUAGUGCUAUUUUCUUCCAUUAAAACUUUCAGUUAAAACAGUGCUUGAGAAAAAAGCUCAGAAGAAAAAAAGUUUUAUUCAGUACUUUUCCAGUGAAUUUGUGUAGCACAUAAAAAUGUUUACAUUCUCUUUUUAAAAGUCAGUAGUUUACAGAACUUUUAAAAUGGGUUUUAGUUGUAUUAUAUAUUUGUUGGCUGUUCACAUACUAUGAUGUACUGGGCAGCUUUUGCCAAAACAUUAAUAAUAUGGGCCAAUUAAAUAAUUUAAAUACUUGUGCUUCCUUUAGUGAAUCCAUAUAUAUUACUAUCUUCUCUUACUUGCCAUGAAUAGUAGCCCAAAUCACCUAGUUUUGUUUAGAAAUUAUUUUUUAACUUAUCAACAUCAUACUUGAGUAUUAAAAGUAUGAUGUGCAGGUAAAUUAUUUUAUCAAUCAAUAAUUAUUCAGGCACCUGUUCUACAUUAAAAUAUGUAUUUUGCACUUAAUUGCUAUGCAGGCCACACACUGUCUCACUUCUUUGCCAUUAUAGAUUGUCACCCCGGGGAUAUUGUUGAAAAACCCUUUUUUGAUAAAGCCACGUAUACUAUACUAUAGCCCUCCUGUUCAUAGGGUGCAUUGCAUCUCUAUGUUGCCACAUUAUCAGUAGCCGCAAACUUAUAAUUAGAUCUUCAUGAUUAAAAUUAAGCAGACAUGAAUAGCCAAUAGACUACAAAGACUAGGAUUAAAAAAAAA